AUGGAAGUAAUAGCUAAUACGACAAUAUGUCGUGUCGUUGUUGAGACACAAUUCGACUCGUCUAGUGAUUCUGAUGAUGAUGAUGAGAUACUGCUUGCUCUUGAUCAUAAGGGAAGUGAAGAAAUUCCAAAAAUUCACAGUUAUAUGGCAAAUUCUGUUCUUCGAAUAUUAGAUAAGACAUUCAAGAGUCAUUUCAGAGUUGAAGAAAGCACUGCAGAUUACUUGAUGUAUUUAUUGGCAUUAGAUUUAUCUUUAGUACCUGGUAGUGUUGGUCGAUGUCCAAUUUCUGCUUACACCCAAAUUCUCAUGGGUCUUUGGAUGAUGGCCACACCUGAUAGUUAUAAAUCUGUUUGCGAACGUUUUAACAUCGGUACAGCAACUGGCUGGAGAACUGUCUGGAGAUUUGUGAAGGCGUUAUAUAAGUAUUUUCUAACAUUUAUUAAAUGGCCUACUGCUCAAGAAGCUUUAGCAACUUCCUACUACAUCGAAAGAAGGUACGGUUUUCCAGGAGUUCUAGGGGCUGUUGAUGAAACCCAUAUCGUUAUUUCAGCACCUCAUGUUAAUGGUCAUAAUUACAUCAAUCGGAAAGGUAGGCAUUCUAUCCAGACACAAGUAGUUUGUGACCAUACAUUAAAAUUUAUGUACGUCUAUGCUGGUAAAGUGGGAUCUGUCCACGACUCAAGAGUUUUUCGACUGUCUGGGUUACAGGAUUUCUGUACUCCUGCUAAUUUCCCUCAAGACACACAUCUACUAAGUGAUCAAGCAUACACACUACAACCAUGUGUAAUGGUGUCGUACAGAAACAAUCGAUUUUUGAAUAAUGCUAAGCUUCAUUACAACACAGUUCAUUCAUCAUCACGAAUGAUUGUGGAACGAUCCAUAGGAUUGUUAAAAGAAAGGUUUCGUAGUCUUUUAGAUAAAUGA